AAAUGAAAAAACCAAUCAAGUACAAAAAAACGGUUUUACUUUAAAUUAUCCUCACCUAAAUUCUCAUGCUCUUCUCUGUUUUAAUACCUUUUCCUCUGCUUCUUCACCCUUUCAUUCCAAAUCCUCCAUAGCUAGCUACAAACCAAACAAGAACCUAAAACAUGUCUCUCUUCUCGUUCUCUCCCACUUCAUUUAACAUAUCUCAUCCAGUACUCUUCUUCACCAUCCUCGUAUCCACUUUGGUUAUACUGAUCAUCACGCGCACGACCAGUUCUAGAUCAAAGGGCGUGAAGCUUCCUCCAGGUCCUCCGGGUUGGCCAGUCGUCGGAAACCUCUUCCAAUUCGCUCGCUCCGGUAAGCAGUUUUACGAGUACGUCGAUGAUGUAAGGAGCAAGUACGGUCCUAUCUUCACGUUGAGGAUGGGAAGUCGAACAAUGAUCAUCAUCUCUGAUUCAGCUCUCGCCCACGACGUUCUCAUUCAACGUGGACCAAUGUUCGCAACCCGACCCACCGAAAAUUCGACCCGAACCAUCUUCAGCUCCAACACUUUCACCGUCAACGCUUCGGCGUAUGGUCCUGUGUGGCGGUCUUUAAGACGCAACAUGGUACAGAACAUGCUAAGCUCGACCCGGUUCAGAGAAUUCGGUUCGUUGAGACAGUCCGCCAUGGAUAAACUCGUCGAGAGGAUCAGAUCAGAAGCUAACGACAACAACGGUCUUGUCUGGGUCCUAAGAAACGCACGAUUCGCUGCGUUUUGUAUUCUUUUAGAGAUGUGUUUCGGAAUCGAAAUGGACGAAGAAGCGAUUUUGAACAUGGAUCAAGUAAUGAAGAAAGUUCUGAUCACGCUAAAUCCAAGACUCGAUGAUUAUCUCCCGAUCCUUGCUCCGUUUUACUCCAAGGAGAGAGCAAGAGCUCUCGAGGUUCGCCGCGAACAAGUUGAUUUCAUCGUCAAAUUCAUCGAGAGACGACGGAGAGCGAUUCAGAAUCCGGGAACUGAUAAAACGGCGUCGUCUUUCUCUUAUCUCGAUACACUCUUUGACCUUAAAACCGAAGGCCGUAAAUCGACGCCGUCUAACGAAGAGCUCGUGUCUCUCUGCUCGGAGUUUCUUAACGGAGGUACGGACACGACGGGGACGGCGAUCGAGUGGGGUAUCGCGCAGCUGAUUGUGAAUCCUGAGGUUCAAUCUCGGCUCUACGAUGAGAUUAAAUCGACGGUUGGAGAUCGUGAGGUUGAGGAGAAAGAUGUGGAUAAAAUGGUCUUUUUGCAAGCCGUCGUUAAGGAGAUUCUCCGGAAACAUCCACCGACUUAUUUUACGUUGACUCACUCCGUGACGGAGCAGACGACGGUCGCCGGUUACGAUGUUCCUGUUGGGAUUAACAUCGAGUUUUAUCUCCCGGGAAUUAACGAGGAUCCGAAGCUUUGGUCUGAUCCCAAGAAAUUUAAACCGGAUCGGUUUAUUUCUGGUAAGGAGGAAGCGGAUAUAACCGGCGUAACCGGAGUUAAAAUGAUGCCAUUUGGUGUAGGCCGUCGGAUCUGUCCGGGUUUAGCGAUGGCGACCGUACACGUGCACUUGAUGCUAGCGAAGAUGGUUCAAGAGUUUGAGUGGAGCGCUUAUCCGCCGGGAAGUGAAAUCAAUUUCGCCGGGAAAUUGGAGUUCACGGUGGUGAUGAAAGAACCGUUGAGAGCUGUUGUUAAGCCAAGAGUUUAAAAUUAUUUAUUUGAUUAUAAAAAACAAUGUAUGCUGCUUUUUAUAUUAAAUGA